AUGGGCUACCUUCUUAUCGGAGUAGCGGCCACUGUUGUGGCAUUCUACUUCUGCUUGAUACCGCUAUACCGCCUCUACUUUCACCCUCUGUCCCAAUAUCCUGGACCAAAAUUGGCGGCUGUCACAAAUUGGUAUACUGCUUUCUUUGCAUGGAGAGGGGAUCUUCAUCUCCAAAACCGAGCCUGGCAUGAAAAAUAUGUUCUCCCAGGUGACAUCGUCAGAUCUGGGCCAAACACCCUAUGGUUCAACUCGCGCUCCAUGAUGGCCGAUAUCUACAACGCAGGAGCCAAUGACUGUAAAGUUGACGCGUGGGCCGUCUACAGUGCAAGCCGUCGCAGUCCGAAUAUUUUGAGUGUGGUUGACAAAAAUGUCCAUGCUUUUAAGCGGCGGACAAUGGCAUCCGCGUUCUCUGACCGAGGACUAAAAGACAUAGAGGGACAAAUCCUUAACCACAUCCAAAAGUUUACCACAUUUCUAUGCCCCAAGUCUGCUGAAUCCUCGGAGGAACCCAAUGGUUGGCCAUCACCAAUAAAUGUGGCAACUGUGUGCGACUGGCUAGCCUUCGACCUAAUUGGUGAUAUUACAUACGGGCGAAGCUUUGGUAUGCUCGACUCACCGAAUAAACGAUGGGUUCCUCCGGUGUAUACAAAAAUGUCUCAUCGAGGCAUGAUGGUACGAUAUCUUCCCCGCUAUCAACCUACAGCCCCUUAUCAUCGGUAUCUAAUCAGGAAGAUGCAGUGUCUCAUGCAACCUAAGGUCUAUAAGUACAACUUAGACAAAAUAUUCCUGGCCCCGCUGUACAAAGAUAUCUUGUCUGCGGGUACCUGGGUGUAUAACCGCGUCAAGGAUCGCGUGGACAUGGGAGAUAAGGUUGAAGAAAAGGACGUUUUCUGGAGAAUGUCUACUGCUAAAGAUCAGAAGAAGAACUGGGAGUACAGUCUAAAAGAUAUUUGGACGGAAUCUAUGUUGCUAUUAGGGGCAGGUACCGAUACCACAUCUUCGACCAUGAGUGCAUUGUUCUUCUAUAUCCUCCACGAUCCAGAUGCCCUCUCCCGCGUCACCGCCGAGAUUCGUGCCGCAUUCGAUAACGAGGAUGAAAUCAUUGCCGGUCCCAAGUUAAACUCAUGCCAUUUUCUGCAUGCUUGUGUGGAUGAGACUAUGAGACUCCUUCCAGCCGUAGCGAAUGGGUCCCCACGCCGUGUUCUCCCUGGUGGUCUCACGGUUGGUGGUCAGCAUAUUCCCGAAGGUGUGACUGUCUCUUCAUCACUCUACGUCCUUUUCCGCAAGAACGAAUACUUUGAAAAUCCAGAUGAGUUCCAACCACGAAGGUGGAUUAUUGAUCCUGAGUUUGGUACUGAUGAGGAGAGUGUGAGCAUGGCGAAGCGAGCAUUUUGUCCAUUCAGCGUUGGCCCCAGGUCAUGCGUCGGAUGGAAAUUGGCAUGGAUGGAACUCAACGUGGUACUUGCGAGGAGCGUUUUCCUGUACGACAUGAUGCUCGCACCUGAGGCACCAUGCUGUGCGAGUAACCGUACAGGGAAGAAGUGUGAGUUUCAUUUCAAGGGAUACUCGAUAGCGGCUCCGAUACAAGGCGUUCCUGCACAGAUCAAAAGGAGAUCAUUUUAA